AGUUGUGAUUGUUUUCUCCCUGGCUGCUUCUGACUGCCCGCCCCGCCCCCUGUACUUCUUAGCCAUGCAGCCUUACAUGGUCAACAUCAAGCUGUCUGCUCGGACCCUGACCGGGGCACUCAGCCCUCAGAACCGAGGAGCCGCAGACUGGGGCUGGCAAGGGUUGAUUGCAUAUGGAUGCCAUUCUCUUGUUCUAGUGAUUGAUUCUAAGACUGCUCAGACCCUCCAGGUUUUGGAAAGGCACAAAGCUAAUGUUGUCAAGGUUAAGUGGGCUAAGGAAAACUACCACCACAAUGUUGGAUCACCAUAUUCUUUGCGCUUGGCUUCUGCUGAUGCCAGUGGAAAGAUAAUUGUUUGGGAUGUAACUACAGGAGUUGCUCACUGUGAAAUCCAAGAGCACACAAAGCCCAUUCAGGACAUGCAAUGGCUGUGGAAUCAGGAUGCCUCUCGAGAUCUGCUACUUGCAGUUCAUCCACCAAAUUACAUUGUGUUAUGGAAUGCAGAUACUGGCACCAAACUCUGGAAGAAAAGUUAUGCAGAAAACAUCCUUUCUUUUUCAUUUGAUCCCUUUGAUCCUUCAAAUUUAACAUUGCUGACAAGCGAGGGAAUAGUGUUCAUUUCAGACUUUUCUCCUUCCAAGGCUCCUGUAAGUUCGGGGAAAAAAGUUUACAUUUCCAGCCCCCAUUCUAGUCCUGUUCAUAACAAGCUGGUAUCUGCUACAGGGGCUAAAAAGGCCCUGGACAAAGUAAAAAUUCUCAUCACUAAUGAAAAACCAAGUGCUGAAUCAGUAACACUGAAUGACUGCCUUCAGUUGUCCUACCUGCCUUCUAAACGAAACUACAUGUUGUUACUCUACCCAAGAGAAAUAUUGAUUCUUGAUCUGGAAGUAAACCAGACAGUAGGUGUAAUAGCAAUUGAAAGAACAGGAGUGCCUUUUCUACAGGUAAUUCCUUGUUUUCAGCGUGAUGGGUUGUUCUGUCUACAUGAAAAUGGCUGUAUAACUUUAAGAAUUCGCAGGUCUGCCAAUAGUUUAAGUGUUACACCAAAUGAAGAUCCAGACCCCGAUCCCAUUCAGGAGCUGGUCUAUGACUUACGAAGUCAGUGUGAUGCCAUCAGGGUUACCAAAACUGUUCGCCCAUUCAGUAUGGUGUGCUGUCCAGUGAAUGAAAAUUCUGCAGCUCUCAUAAUUAGCGAUGGUAGAGUGAUGAUAUGGGAGCUGAAGUGCACCUUUUCAGGCCGAAGUCUACGUGCUAGCAAUUCAAGUGCAUCACCUCUGUAUUCACCCAUUUCAUUCUGUGGAAUUCCUAUUGGAGCAUCUCAGAAUAAGCUUCCAGACCUGUCACUUGAUAACAUGAUAGGGCAAGGCAUACUUUCCACGGAAGAGCAGCUAAGAAGCUAUUGUUUACAAGAAGUGCAUUUAAAGUUUCUGCUAACAGGGCUUCUUUCAGGGCUUCCUUUGCCUCCAUUUGCUAUCCGCAUGUGUCCACCUCUUACCACAAAAAACAUAAAACAUUACCAGCCUCUCCUUGCUGUUGGAACAAGCAACGGCUCAGUCUUAGUGUAUAACCUUACCAGUGGACUUCUGUAUAAAGAACUGAGCAUUCACUCCUGUGAAGUCAAGGGCAUUGAGUGGACAAGCUUGACCAGCUUCCUUUCCUUUGCCACAUCAACACCCAAUAAUCUGGGACUAGUAAGAAAUGAGCUGCAGUUGGUCGAUCUCCCCACAGGCAGAAGCAUUGCAUUUCGUGGGGAACGUGGCAGUGAUGAACCAGCAAUUGAAAUGAUAAAGGUGUCCCAUUUGAAGCAGUACUUGGCAGUUAUAUUUAAAGACAAACCCUUGGAGUUAUGGGAUAUCAGAACAUGUACUCUUCUAAGAGAAAUGUCAAAAAGCUUCCCUACAAUUACUGCUUUGGAAUGGUCACCUUCUCAUAACUUAAAGAGCUUAAGAAAGAAGCAGCUUGCAACACGUGAAGCUAUGGCCCGGCAAACUGUGGUAUCAGAUACAGAACAAAGCAGUUUGGAAUCAUCAGUGAUCAGCUUAUUGCAGGAAGCUGAGAGUAAAUCUGAAUUAAGUCAGAACAUUUCUGCUCGAGAACACUUUGUGUUUACAGAUACUGAUGGACAAGUUUAUCACUUGACAGUGGAGGGGAAUACUGUCAAAGAUAGCGCAAGAAUUCCUCCUGAUGGAAGCAUGGGCAGUAUUACAUGUAUUGCGUGGAAAGGAGAUAUAUUGGUUCUUGGAGAUGUUGAUGGAAAUUUGAACUUCUGGGACUUAAAAGCCAGAGUAUCCAGGGGUAUCCCCACACACCGAGGAUGGGUGAGGAAGAUACGUUUUGCCCCUGGGAAGGGAAACCAAAAGCUGAUAGCCAUGUACAAUGAUGGGGCUGAAGUUUGGGAUACAAAGGAGGUACAAAUGGUAAGCAGUUUAAGAAGUGGCAGAAACGUUAACUUCCGAGUACUUGACGUUGACUGGUGUACCUCAGAUAAAGUGAUCUUGGCAUCAGAUGAUGGAUGCAUUAGAGUGCUAGAGAUGACAAUGAAAUCAGCAUGUUUUAGAAUGGAUGAGCAAGAACUGUCGGAACCUGUGUGGUGCCCAUACCUUCUUGUUCCAAGAGCUUCCUUAGCUUUAAAAGCAUUCUUGUUACACCAACCUUGGAAUAAUAAAUAUUCUCUGGAUAUUUCAGACAUAAAUUACCCAGAGAACGAAAAUGUUAAAGUUCUGAUGCAAGAACAGUUACAUUCAUUGUCCAAUGACAUCAAGAAACUUUUAUUUGACCCGGAGUUCACCCUCUUGCAGCGAUGUUUACUGGUUUCAAGGUUAUAUGGGGAUGAAUCUGAGCUGCAUUUUUGGACAGUUGCUGCCCAUUAUUUGCAUACUUUUUCCCAAGAAAAAGCAUUAACAGUUAAAGCAGAAGGCAAUAUUUCUCAAGAAAACUGGAUCAACCCACUAGAUAUAUGCUAUGAUAUACUGUGUGAAAACUCCUAUUUCCAGAAAUUCCAGCUUGAAAGAGUCAAUCUCCAAGAAGUUAAAAGAUCAAAUUAUGAUCAUACCAGGAAAUGCACUGACCAGCUGCUCCUUUUGGGACAGACUGAUAGAGCUGUGCAGUUGCUUCUGGAGACAAGUGCUGAGAACCCCUACUAUUACUGUGAUUCACUAAAGGCAUGUCUGGUCACAACGGUCACUUCCUCUGGUCCCUCCCAAAGUACCAUCAAGUUGGUAGCAACCAAUAUGAUUGCAAAUGGAAAGCUAGCAGAGGGUGUCCAGUUGCUCUGUUUAAUAGAUAAAGCUGCUGAUGCUUGUCGUUACCUGCAAACCUACGGUGAAUGGAAUCGGGCAGCAUGGCUUGCAAAAGUUCGUUUGAAUGCAGAGGAAUGUGCUGAUGUUCUGAAGCGUUGGGUUGAUCACCUGUGUUCUCCACAAAUCAAUCAGAAGUCCAAGGCCAUCCUUGUUCUCCUUUCCCUUGGUUGCUUCAUGAGAGUUGCAGAGAUGUUGCACAGCAUGAGAUACUUUGAUAGGGCUGCCUUAUUUGUUGAAGCCUGCCUCAAGUAUGGCACAAUUGAUGUUAAUGAAGAUGCAAAAAAAUUAAUCCAUGCAGUAUUUGCAGAUUAUGCCCGAAGCCUGAAGACUCUGGGGUUUAAGCAGGCUGCUACUUUGUUUGCUUCAAAAGCAGGAGCAGCUGGCAAAGAUUUAUUGAAUGAACUUGAGCAACUGAAAGAAGGUCUUAAAGAGUGAUAAUUGCAAGGAAAGUGCUAAAAAUUAUGAUUUCCCAUCGGGUAGAGUCAUUGUUGCAGUAAUUCUUUAAAGACAAUGAAGAGGCGUUUCUUUUCGGCAAAAAAAAAAAAAAAAAAAAAAGUAGCUUUGUCACAAUAGAAAUUAUAAAUGCAGAAUGUCAUAUGUAACCAGUGUUUUUGUUGGUGGACAUAAUUUUGCAACUGUUAAACAAUACCUCUAUGUUUCUCUUUAAACAAAAAUCAGACUUCGUAUUUAUAAAAUUUUACAACUAAAGAAAAAUGUAUAUUGAUUAUAAGGGGUCUUUGGUUACAUGUGACAAUAAUAGAACCAGGGCCAGUCCGGCAUUGUUGGCCCUGACAGGUGUUAACCCAGGAUAUGUUGUGAUAAUGCUGAAACAAAACUCUCAGAUUACAUGAAGCCACUUAUCCUAAAAGUUGCAUUAGUGUUCUCUAUGGUACAGGGAACUGGUCCAUAUGUUUAGGAUUGUACACUGCUUCACUGGCAUUCCAGAGCAUCAUGCUGUCCUAAGCAGCCAUUUGCCUGUGCUGUGGGUACUGGAACAGAGAUGGUAUUUCAAGUUUGAGUAUGAAUAUUCGAAAAGGAGACACAUUCUUCAAAAUACUAAGCAACUUGGAUGGAAAUAAAAAAAAAAUUCUCAGUCCUUGCUGCAAGUCCUGGACAGUACUCAGCUCAGUGUUAAACCUUCCAAAGAAUGUACCUAAACCUUCGGUGCAAAGGAAAGGCACAAUUCCUGAGUCUGUCUAACCAUGUAUGCAGAGUUUGGUAGGGUUGCUUUUAAACAUGCUUUCUGUAAAUUAGCCAUGCUUCCUGCCCUUCUGACUAAUAAAGAGCCUACUGUAAAUUCACUUAAAAUCAAAUAGAUUGGGUAGAGUUAGACUUACAGGGACUAUAAAAAGAAUUCUAUAAAAGUUUUAGCUUAUUUAGAUCAGAAUGCUUUCCAAUCUUAGUCGGACAACAUCAGGUAUUAAACUGGUUCCUUGUGCUAGAGAUGGGAAACCCCUGUCCACUUAAAAGCUAACUUUUGACUAGUUUUGUACAGUUCUUUUAGUGCCCAGGAGUUGAGUGACAUCUUUCGAUGACAUUUCAAGGAUGCAAUUGAGCAUGCUUUUCAGGAAUAAGAAUAACCCUGCUAGAUCAGAUCAAAGUCCUAUUUAGUCUAGCAGUCUGUUUGCACUCAGGCCAACCAGAUGAUUCUGGGAAGCCCAAAGGCAUAUAUUGGGGGCAUUAGGUUUCUCUUUCUGCUUUUUUUGAGCAGCUGGUAUUCAGGAGCAAGCCACUUCUCUUUCUGGAGGCACUAUAUAGCACAUCAUGGGUAGUAGGCAUUGAAAACAUUACCUUUAUGAAUUUGUUUUGUUUCCUCUUAAAGACAUCCAAGUUGGUGAUUGCACAAACAAAAUUAUCAGAAUUGCUUGGCUUGUCUGGACUUCAGUUUACCUUGUAUAGUGCUGCUCUCCCUGUACUGUUUGAUACGAAACAGAGGUCAAGCUUAUAUCAGGAGUUUAACAGGUCUUUCUGGUAUCAGCUUCUAAAACCAAAUUCUGUAUUCUUCCUCUUUUUCUGUGCAUUAUGCCCAGUGAAUAUGAUAGCACACUUGAUACAUUCUGAUGACAGUGUGGACUUGGAAAGAGAAAGCAAUACUGUAGCUCCUGGGAGAAUAUCCCAGGGACCAUAGGAUGGUUUGGAGUCUUCCUCCCAAGUCUACAAACACUGUUGCAACCUUGGAAAUGGGGCAGCUGAGUUCUGACCUCACAGCUGCUGCUUUCCAGGGUUGCAAAUACAGCUUCAGAUGUAUCACCUGGGCAUGUGAGAAGAGAAGCCAAGCUGUGGGUGUGGAGGUUUCUUGUUAAAGUAUCUUUCUUCGUUGUGGCCUCUGUGCAUCACACAUAUGGGUACUGCACCUGCGCAGUGCCUGUGGCCGGAAGAUUG